AAUCUUCGUACAAAUUUUUGUUGCCGCUGGUGCUUGGUCUUGAUAAAAAAACAUUUAUUGGGUUGUAUAGCAAAAAAACCCGACAGUGUAAAGUUUAUUUGUGCUGAAAAAAUAAAAAAAAAAUUUUUUUUUUUUUUUUUUGUAUAGCAAAAAAGACUCACCAAAAAAUAAGAAAUAGAAGAAGCAUACAUACAUACGCAUAAAGUAUGUGUAUUAAGUGUUUAUAACGACAAAGGAUUUGAUAUAAGAUAACUUAGUCUGGCCCACCUUUUAAGAAAAAAAAAAAAAAAAAAAAAUCAUCUCUAUUAAUAAAUUAAUCCACAAUGGCCUUAAUCAUGCAAUAUAUAAGUAAUUUGAACAGAUAUAUGGACACACAUGGCGAUCCACGUACGAAGGAUUGGCCGAUGAUGUCAUCACCUUUUCCCACAUUAAUUGUAUGCGUCUUUUACGCUUACUUCGUUAAGGUAAUCGGUCCACGAUUAAUGGAAAAUCGGAAGCCAUUCCGUUUACAGAAUACAUUAGUUAUUUACAAUGCCAUACAAGUGGUUUUAAGCCUUUGGAUUUUCUACGAGAUUGCAAUGUCCGGUUGGCUGACGGGACACUAUAGCUUCCGAUGUCAGCCAGUUGAAUAUAAUAAUAAUCCUAGAACAAUAAGGAUGGUUCACGCCUGUUGGUGGUAUUAUUUUUCUAAAUUCACUGAAUUUAUAGAUACGAUUUUUUUUAUUUUACGUAAGAAACAAAGUCAAGUCACUAUGUUACAUGUAAUACAUCAUGGUUGUAUGCCAUUGUCAGUAUGGUUCGGCGUUAAAUUCACUCCUGGUGGUCAUAGCACAUUCUUUGGCUUUUUGAAUACAUUUGUGCACAUAAUCAUGUACACCUAUUAUAUGUUAUCGGCUAUGGGUCCUCAAUAUCAUAAAUACUUGUGGUGGAAAAAGUAUUUAACAACUUUGCAAAUGGUUCAAUUUAUAUUGAUAAUGGUUCAUGCUUUUCAAUUACUAUUUAUUGAAUGCAAUUAUCCAAGACCUUUUGUUUGGUGGAUCGGUAUGCACGCAGUUAUGUUUUUCUUUUUAUUCAAUGAAUUCUAUAAGCAAGCUUAUAAAGGUCGUCAAACGAAAUACGAGAACUUAUUAAUGUUCAUUUUGCAGCGUCACGAGAAGAAUGAUAAAGUGAAAGUGAACGGUAAUUUAUCGAGUGCUAACGGUUAUGUUGGGCCAAAAUGGCAAACCGUCGAUAGAACAGAAACUAAUUUAACGAACGGUCACGCUGGCAAUUUUAAAUUAAAUGGCCUAAGCAAUGGAGUAACGCUCGGCAGCGCACUUAAAAAUGGAAAAGAUAUUGCAAAUGGUCAUGGAGAUAUAAUGCAGCGGAAAGUGCAACAGCAAAUAUAAUAUGAACUAAAAUCGAACCUCAUAAUUUAUAGCAAAAGUAUAAAGUUAAACUGAGAUUUGUUAAAUUGAAAUUGGUUUUAGUGAAGUUUUUUUUUUUUUUUUUUUUUUUUUUUUUGUUAUAUA